CUUCGACGGCACGGUCAUUUUAACAUGCUUUUCAUUGACCGAGCCGACGCAAUGUCAAGAUAUUUCAUGGUCCACAAGGAACUAUCGCACUAAAACUGUGGAAGUACCGUACUCACACCCGGUUUUCGUUGUUCUCUACAGAGAUUUCCUCCGUAUCGAUACAAGCAACGAAACCCUUUAUUAUUGUCGACCAAAAACAGAAGAUUCUUCCCCUGUUGCUGUUCUUUAUUUUCUGGCCAACCUGUCAUCGUUCGUGUCUAUUGGUUUCUUUCUUUGAUGGCCGGUUAUUGUACAUUAGAUUUAGCCAAUUUUCCUGUUCAACGUCUAGUUGUUAUUGUUGCCAAUCUCUUGGACGCGAUCAUCACGACUAACGAUAAGCUAACUAUGGAAAGAGUGACCACACACUUUGAUUCUCGCGCCGUGCCGUCUAUCACUGUCUCGGCUUAUCUUACGAGGAUAUUAAAAUACGCGCCGUUUUCCAACGAAGUGCUCUUGUCAUUGCUCGUCUAUUUUGACCGUAUUGCUAAUCGCCAUCAACAUGCAUUUAUACUCGACUCGUUCAAUAUCCAUCGGCUGCUGAUCAGUAGCAUAGUGAUAGCCUCCAAAUUUUGGUCCGAUGUGUUUUAUUCUAAUUCACGAUAUGCCAAGGUGGGUGGUUUAUCCGUCCAUGAGAUGAACAAACUCGAAAUAGAGUUUCUGUUUCUGUGCAAUUUCGAUCUGCAUGUGCGCCUCGAAGACUUGCAAACCUAUGGCAAUGAGUUAUUAGCCCAUGCAACUUAUCAGCAAUCCUUGGUGGAACGAUGUAUUGUUUUGAAGAAGAGGAAAUCACCGGAAGAAGAUCAUGGAUAUUUCCAUCAAAUUAUUUCAGUGUCAAAAAAAGCUUGGCUUCAUGACAUUUUAUCCCCAGGAAACACGGCUCAUUGAAACAUGACACCGAUUCAUUAUCCUUGACGACUGUAAACUGUAUUCAAGAUACCCCUCAUUUUCAUGUACAUGCAUCCUAUACGUUACAUA